UCAUGACUUUACUCCUAGUGUAGGAAAAGUUGAUAACUUUAUCGAUUUAACGAUACAUGAUGAAGUUUUGGAAUAGUUCCUCUGCAAGAAGUAUCCUCCAUGCAUCCAAGGCUGGCUUUCAAAAUAACACCAGUAACAUGCUUAGGGCUACCCGUUUCUCGUCUAUUAAUCGCAAUGACCAGAACAUUCAUAGCAACAAAGUAGACAUACCAUUUGCAAGACCCGAGCCUAAUGUAACAAAGCCUAUAAUGACUGAGGACGACGAUAAAUCUUACCACAAGAACAACAAAGAAGAUGAGAGUAUGACCGAACAAGCGUCGCAUUAUGUUGCAGAUAAAGCGAAGAAAGGAACAAAGGGUGCUGUUGAAACUGCCUUCGAUGUGGGCGCAAGACUAGCGGAAGGGAUGGAACAGACAUUUGGAACUGUUAAGGAGACUACCCAAAAGGUUAAAGACACUGUGUUAGGCAACUAUGAUGAAGGUGGAGACAUAGGUAAAGAUAGUCAUGAAAAAGUUGACAAACAUGUCGAGGAUUUGAGGAAGAAAGCUGGAGGAUAUGACAAGAGAUCUUACUAAUUUAUAGCCAAAUGUUGAAUGCCUUCAGUCUAUUUUCCUACUAGGGAGCGUAUUCUAUUUUUACUAUCAAGUCUAGGGAUGUAAGGAGAAGCUUUGACACUUAAUUUGCUAGAGCUUGAACCUCCAUGUUAAGGGCAAAGUUUUUGUUUCAAUAAAAUGAAUCAUAACACCACAAUAUCACUAA